UCGCACCGGCCGGCUACUGCUGUCCCGACACCAGGCGGUUUUUAUCGAGCGCUCACACCCACAGAGACGCGGCGAAGCACGCGAAGUAAAAUUCCAGGAGGCCGACGACCCGUCUCAGGAACUUCAAAGUCAUUUUUUUUGUCCCCGCCGGAGGAAGCCGCCCUCACGCCCAGGCCACACCAACUCCCAGUCCCUUCCGUUUGAAGGGAGCAGGAGGAAAAAAAAAACCAAACCCGGCUCUGGACCUAGUUUCUUAGAGCAACCAACUCCGAAGGAACUGCCCCCACCCCAGCGUGUUAGAUUGGUUGGGAUACUCGGCUUUGAGACGCAUUUAUGGUCUUAGGAACUGAGCGAAGCGCUCAGGUGGCUCCGCUCUCCCGACUCCGCUUCCGCGUCUCCUCCUUGCGCCACGCCCCAGCUUUCCCUUCCCCACCCACUUGGGAGUCCGAGCUGCUUAUUGGUUGUAUGCCCUGCCAAUCCAGCGGACGUUGACGAAUCCCACCUUAGGAAAGGCAAAGAACGAACUAAAGCGCCUACACCUGGCCGGGGGGCGCGAGCCUAACGCUCGUGUUGCCGCCUAACGUCGCUUGCCUAUCGUUCAGUCAGGAUGUCUGCCCGCGGCCCGGCUAUCGGCAUCGACCUAGGCACCACCUACUCGUGCGUGGGGGUCUUCCAACAUGGCAAGGUGGAGAUCAUCGCCAACGACCAGGGCAACCGCACCACCCCCAGCUACGUGGCCUUCACCGACACCGAGCGCCUCAUCGGCGACGCCGCCAAGAACCAGGUGGCCAUGAAUCCCACCAACACCAUCUUCGACGCCAAGAGGCUGAUCGGACGGAAGUUCGAGGACUCCACGGUGCAGUCGGACAUGAAACAUUGGCCGUUCAGGGUGGUGAGCGAGGGAGGAAAGCCCAAAGUGCAGGUGGAGUACAAGGGAGAGAUCAAGACCUUCUUCCCGGAGGAGAUCUCCUCCAUGGUCCUCACUAAGAUGAAGGAGAUCGCCGAAGCCUACCUGGGAGGCAAGGUGCAGAGCGCGGUCAUCACGGUCCCGGCCUAUUUCAAUGACUCGCAGCGCCAGGCCACCAAGGACGCGGGCACCAUCACGGGCCUCAACGUGCUGCGCAUCAUUAACGAGCCCACCGCGGCGGCCAUUGCCUACGGCCUGGACAAGAAGGGCUGCGCCGGCGGCGAGAAGAACGUGCUCAUCUUUGACCUGGGCGGCGGCACCUUCGACGUGUCCAUCCUGACCAUCGAGGACGGCAUCUUCGAAGUGAAGUCCACGGCCGGCGACACCCACCUGGGCGGCGAGGACUUCGACAACCGCAUGGUGAGCCACCUGGCGGAGGAGUUCAAGCGCAAGCACAAGAAGGACAUUGGGCCCAACAAGCGCGCUGUGCGGCGGCUGCGUACCGCCUGCGAGCGCGCCAAGCGCACCUUGAGCUCGUCUACGCAGGCGAGCAUUGAGAUCGACUCGCUGUACGAGGGCGUGGACUUCUACACGUCCAUCACCCGCGCCCGCUUCGAGGAGCUCAACGCUGACCUGUUCCGCGGAACCCUGGAGCCGGUGGAGAAGGCGCUGCGUGACGCCAAGCUAGACAAAGGCCAGAUCCAGGAGAUCGUGCUGGUGGGCGGCUCCACCCGCAUCCCCAAGAUCCAGAAGCUGCUGCAGGAUUUCUUCAACGGCAAGGAGCUGAACAAGAGCAUCAACCCCGACGAGGCGGUGGCCUACGGGGCCGCGGUGCAGGCGGCCAUUCUCAUCGGGGACAAGUCAGAGAACGUGCAGGACCUCCUGCUGCUCGACGUGACCCCGUUGUCGCUGGGCAUUGAGACGGCUGGCGGCGUCAUGACCCCGCUCAUCAAGAGAAACACCACGAUCCCUACCAAGCAGACGCAGACCUUCACCACCUACUCUGACAACCAGAGCAGCGUGCUGGUGCAGGUGUACGAGGGCGAACGGGCCAUGACCAAGGACAAUAACCUGCUGGGCAAGUUCGACCUGACCGGGAUUCCCCCUGCGCCCCGCGGGGUCCCCCAGAUCGAGGUAACCUUCGACAUCGACGCCAACGGCAUCCUCAACGUCACCGCCGCUGACAAGAGCACCGGUAAAGAAAACAAAAUCACCAUAACCAACGACAAGGGUCGUCUGAGCAAGGACGACAUUGACCGGAUGGUGCAGGAAGCGGAGCGGUACAAGUCGGAAGAUGAGGCCAAUCGUGACCGGGUCGCCGCCAAAAAUGCGGUAGAGUCCUAUACCUACAACAUCAAGCAGACGGUGGAAGACGAGAAACUGAGGGGCAAGAUUAGCGAGCAGGACAAAAACAAGAUCCUCGACAAGUGCCAGGAGGUGAUCAACUGGCUCGACAGAAACCAGAUGGCGGAGAAAGAUGAGUAUGAACACAAGCAGAAAGAGCUCGAAAGAGUGUGCAACCCCAUCAUCAGCAAACUUUACCAAGGCGGUCCUGGCGGCGGCGGCAGCGGCGGCGGUUCUGGAGCCUCCGGGGGACCGACCAUCGAGGAAGUGGACUAAGCUUGCACUCGAGUCAGCGUAAACCUCUUUUCCUUUCUCUUUUUUUUCUUCUGUUUUUUUCCCCCCUUUGAAAUGCCUUUGUGCCAAGUCUGAGGUCUGUUGCUGGAAGUCUUUAGCCCGUGUAUGCAUAUAAAAGGAAGGGUGCAACAACUUAGUUUAAUUAUAAAAGGUUAGUUCUACAGUUUGAUUUUUAAAACCAUUAUUUGAGGUUUCUCUUUAACGCAUUUUGGGUGUUUGCUGACGUGAGCAUUUUUGAGUAGCUUAGUUUGUGCAUGGAGAUUUAUUUGAAAUGAGAAACCUGAAGUUUGCACACAAGUUCUGUGGAAGCUUGGUAACAAAAAAACAUAUAGAAGCUUGAGUUGUUUAUUUUUAUGUACUACUUUAAGAUUAAAAUGAACGUUUAGUAACGUUAGGGACAGGCAUACUUUUUGCAAACAAAUGCAUAAAUACAAAUUUAAAGUAAAGCUGAAAUUGAUGUCAAAA